UAUUAUUAUUAUUAUAAUAUGCAACACUUCUGAAGAUCACCCGUCGUCGCUGAAGGAACUGUGUUUCACAAGUGACCCGCAGAAACACUGCAAGAAAAAUGAACAGAAGCCGUGGAAUAUAACCGCGAUGGUUCUCCGACCGUUCGUCUCGUGGAGGCUCGUCUCUCGCCGCUGCGGUGCAAGAUGGGCCAAGUGGGCCGAGCGCGGGCCCUGCGUGGGAAUGGCGCGGUCCGGUUCAGAUAUGGCUGAGUUUCGAAAGGUCUUUUCCAAAGCCAAACACAUAGUGGUCAUCGCAGGGGCCGGUGUGAGCGCAGAGAGCGGGGUCCCUACCUUCAGGGGAGCGGCGGGCUACUGGAGGAAGUGGCAGGCCCAGGAUCUGGCCACCCCUGAAGCCUUUUUCCGGAACCCUUCACGCGUCUGGGAGUAUUAUCACUACCGGCGGGAGCUGAUGCUUACCAAGAGCCCAAACGCAGCGCAUGUGGCCCUUGCUGAAUGCGAGACGCGCCUCAGCCGGCAGGGACGCUCCCUCGUUGUCAUCAGUCAGAGCAUCGACGAGCUACACUGCCGGGCCGGCUCCCAGCACGUGCUGGAGAUACACGGAAGUCUCUUCAAAACCAGAUGCAUCAGCUGCGGGGACGUGGUUGUGAAUCAAAAGAGUCCCAUAUGUGCCGCCUUGGAAGGGAAGGGAUCUCCAGAUCCAAAUGCAGAGGAUGCAAAUAUUCCAGUCGAACUUCUCCCUAGGUGUGAGAAGAGCACCUGCAAUGGACUUCUGCGGCCCAGCGUCGUCUGGUUUGGAGAGACCCUGAACUCUGACAUCCUGACCCAGGUGGAGAAAGAGCUGGACAUCUGCGACCUGUGUCUGGUGGUUGGCACCUCCUCCAUAGUGUACCCAGCCGCUAUGUUUGCUCCUCAGGUGGCCACCAGGGGCAUCCCGGUGGCCGAGUUCAACCUGCGAACCACGCCUGCUACCGGCCGCUUCAGGUUCCACUUCUCGGGUCGUUGCGGGACCACCCUGCCUCUCGCCCUGGAACGCCAUGAAUCUGAAGUCAUCUGACAAAUCCCUUUUUCGAAGAUCCAAAUCAUGUCUUAACCAACAUUUCCAACUGCAGCUGGAGACAGGAGAAGAAAACGCAUGUGGGAGCCCACCCUGAGUUUGGGACUUUCACAGUUCUCCGCUGAGGCUCAUCUGUACACUUUAGUGCCAAGUUUAAUGCUCAGCUGGUGGUCUCAGGCACUAGGGAACAAGACUCAUUUAGAAAUAUGCUCAGCAUGAAAGUGAGCUAAAGUGACCAAACAUGCAGAGAUCUGCAAUUUGGACACAAUUCUAUAUUUUUUCUGGUAUCAUUUGCUGGCUGUUUGCGGGAGUAACACGUAGUGCUUAUUUCUUAUAUGUAGCAUUAGAAAGAGUUUUGUCAAACUGUUGCUUUAAAAUUUUUCUAGAGCUUAAAGUGUAACUCUGAUGCUUUGGAGCAAAGUUACAAAGUUUCACAGUGUUUUGUCGUAAAAUAAAGUGUUGCACAAAUAUUUCACAUAAGUGCCAAACCUUGAAUGCGGAAUAAAGUUUAGAGUGAAAUGAUGGGACCAAACUGCACCGAGUGGCUGGGAGCUUCAUGCACCAGCAGACCAGAGCUGGUCUUUCCACCACCGGAAAGAUAUUUCAGAAAUGUUACACUUCACAGCUGCAGAAACUCAUCUCACCUGAGCUUCUGCUUGUCCUUUGCAGGUUGAGGGUUGGAUCAGGUGCUGUGG